GCUGCUUCAUCGCACUACCACACCACUCCGUUCUAUUUUAGUUGCCUUUGACUCAUCUCCCCCUAACUUCUCUUUGGGUUUAGGCUCCUGUCGCCAUCGGGACCCUCCGAUCUGUGCCCCCCUUAGUGCGCCUGCCUCCGACCUACUUCUCGAUAAGAUACAAACGGCCACUCCCGCCCACCUCCUCUUUCUUCCUUCAUGUGCUUCUUUCACACUCCCCACGACCACAGCCACACCUAGACUGCGGCCGUCUAUCCUUUCUAUCUUCUUGAAUCUCUCUCUUAAAUCUGCUCUCUCUCAGAGGGCAUGGCUCAGACUGUGAGAAACAACGGAUUGGCAGGGUUGAAGCUAGAGACGUCCUUUCAGCAUACGCCUAGGCCCCGGUGGCGGGGUGAGGACGGAGGCAGAGGAGCGACGGACGAGGGAGAUGGUUUCGAGGGCGAUCGUACAAACAUCUUUCACGAUUAUCACGCACCCCGUUGCGGUACUGAUGAAGACAACAGUGCUUUGAGUGGUCUACACUCAGCGACACCUCCCAUCUCGGUACCACGACAUGAUGACUAUCACAAGCAAGAUGUCAGCUUCCCUCACAAGCCCGAGGAUCUACAAGCGUCCUCCCCGCUGGACAGUUUCCUGCAAGACCGCCGUCCAUCCAUCGGCUUCGACUCCACCGCUGCCCUCGAUUCAGGUCGCCGCCGACCGCUAGAGGACUCGGGAAAGGGUGACUCUAGAAGCCGGACCCAACGGUUCCAGGCGCGGGGCUCGAGCCUGAGGAAUUCUCUACCUCAAGAUGACGAUGCUGACGACAACGGAAGCCAGGUGGGACGCAGCCUUAGGCGGCAGCAAGGCAACCGGGCCAUCCCUACUGGAAUACCUCGCGGCGGGUUUCCCGAAGAAAACGGCACCACUGACCUCGACCGUCCGACCUCUCUCACGUCGGUCUCAACCGCGUCUCCCGUGAUGGAGGAGCUGCGAACUCCUCCAGAGGGAUCCCGUGGGAUCUUGCCCUCCCCUAUCGUCAUGGCAUCUCCUGUGCAGACAUUUGCCUCGCUCGACGAUCGGAGCUCCUGGUCAGGUAGCGUUAUGACACCUUUCGGGAGCAAAAGAGGUCCUCGAAUCUCCACACGUCAACGGUCUCGCAGGUCUACCGCCUCCAGCAGCAAGUCUCCGGCGAGCAUGUUCCUGUCCAUGUGGAGUGCUGGCGCCGAAGAGCCUGCGCCGCAGCCCGAUGACGAGGGUCAAAUGGUCGGGACUGAGUAUGUCCUUGGGAAGCAGAUCGGCUUUGGUGGGUUUAGUACUGUGAAGGAGGCCUACAAGGUCGAGGAGAGCGGCAAGACGAAGCGGCUUGCUGUCAAGAUCGUCAAGAAGCAGAUCUCAGGACGGAGCGAGAAGGAGAACGACGAAGUUCAAGCGGAAUUUGACCAUGAGGUCCGAGUAUGGCGAUACCUUAGCCACCCCAACGUAUUGACGCUAGAUGCGGUCUACGAAACCGAUUACGCUACCUUCUGUUUCACGAAGCUGGCCAUAGGAGGUACACUUUUUGACCUCGUGCGCCAAAACCGCCGUGGACUGGAUAUGAAGCUAGCCAAGAAAUAUACGUACGAGCUCGCUUGUGCUGUGAGAUAUCUGCACGAAGAUGCACGCGUAGUGCAUAGAGAUAUCAAGCUGGAGAAUUGUUUGCUAGAUCCAACCGAAUCAUCUGGUGGACCGGAGUCAUCCACCCUCGUUCUUUGUGACUUUGGGAUGGCAGAGUGGAUGAACACCGACAACGAUGAUGCUUCGUCUGAUCCUUAUGACAACGUGGCGGAUCGUCCUCCGCCCAAGAACAUCGGCCCAGCUGGUUCCAGCACCAGUGUCGCGGGAAGCUUGGAGUACGCUUCCCCUGAGCUGCUCCAGUCUGAUAACGGGCUCAUCAGUCCCUGUGUCGAUAUGUGGGCCUUCGGUGUCAUCGUUUUCACCGUCCUCGUCGGGUCCCGGCCGUUCCAGGAUCCGUUCGCGCCGCGGAUUAUAUCGAAUAUUACCAGUGGAAACUGGAACAAAGACGCAGUGCUCGGCGAAGAAACGGAUCCCCAGCUUCGCCAGGACAGAGAAGACGCGCUGGAGUUAAUCAGCGGUUGUUUGCAAAUGAAUGUCGGUAGACGGUGGACAAUCCGCGAUGUGAUCUGCUCUCGCUGGCUGCGGGAGUUCUCCGAGGGCGGAGAGGAUAGUCCCACCGAGGCCAGCUGGAGGCUAUAA